AUGUUCGAACACUGUUAUACUGACUCAAACGGAAACCCGGGAAAUGAUGACGUUGCAACUACAUUGCAAGCUUUGAAAGAAAAAGUUUGCCAACUUCCUUCUGGUUCUAAUGAUGAUGUUGGUUGUGAUGAUGCAUUCGUCCAAGUAUUUGAGGAAGAUAAGAAUGGACGUGUGCGCAUGUAUGGUCUAGGUGUGACACCAUCAGACAAAUGGGGUAAUGCACCUAGUCGCAGCACUUGUCAGCGUAUUGUUAUGGAGCAAAAGGCAGCAAUUUCUAAGAUGGAAGAAAAAUUUGCUGAGCAAGAUCAGCAGCUUAAAGACCAAGCUAAAGAACUUGCAGAGCUCAAAGCAAUGGUGUGUCAGCAGCAAAAUAGUGGCUCAAAAACCGGUGGCUCGAUAAAUUCAACAUCCUCUAAUCAUGUUUCAAAACCACCUAUUGGUGCUCGUUCUCUUCAGGAAGGUGAUUGGGUGGAUAUUUUCAGUUUGUUUGAUCCAACAAAAUGUCUAGCUAUUGGUCGCCUCCAAGGAAUUGAUCCUUCUAAAGUUGUUGGUGGACAAUCAUUAGGGCCAUGUUGGUGUGAAAUACUAGUACAAAUUGUGGUGGAAAGUAGCGAACAAUUGAUUAGGCCUUAUGGGCUCUUGCAGACAAUUGAAGAUGCACUUGGUGCACCGAUUGCUUGGCCACUAAAAUUGGUAAAGAUUCAUGAGGAUUGA